AAAAAAAAACUGUAAAACUGCAAAAAUAAGUUGAAAACCCAUAAAAAAAUUUCUGGAUUUUCUUAGUUUUUAAUUGGGAAAUAGCAUUUUCAGGUUGAUUUAGAGUAAAGGGUAAUUUUAAUUUUUCAUAUAUACCUUACAUUUUUCAUGCAUUUAGAUGUUCGUGGUCCUAAUUUCCAAAUCGAAAGCUGCAAUUUUAAGUAAGUUUUCUUUUCUAAUUUUAUGUUUUAGUAAUGGAUUUAAUGUGAUAAGGUUUUGUGACGUGUUAAUAAUGUAGACGAGAUUUGAUCCCGGGUCUUAAAAUAAGAUUUACUGACAUGAAGAAUUUUGUUAUGUAAUGCAGGAAUUUGUGGCAUUAGAGUUGCUGUUAUUCCUCUUCUUUGAAGCUAAAUUUGUUGGAAAUAAGCAAUGAGAUUAGGCAUUCAACAGAAUGACAUCGACUCAUCCACUGGGCAAAGUCUUUCUGGCAGUUUCAGAAAAUCUACAUCUGUAUUUGGAGAAAAUGACUCUUCACCUGGACAUGGUGUGGAUGGAAGUUUCAGGAAAUCCAACACUGGGUUUCAUCAUAAUGAUCUGGACCUGUACUCGGCACAAACUUUCGAUGAAGGUUUUAGAAAGCCAAAAACUGGGGCCUGUAAGGGUUCUUCUGGCUUGGCAUCUCUUAACAAGUUAGCUCCUAUCUCCAAAAGAGCCUACAAAGCACUCAAAGACUGCGCAAGAAACUUAGUUGACUCCGAACUUUUUAUUCAGAGCCUAGAAGAUUGGAUUUUGGAAAAUUCACUUACAGAUUCCAACCAUGGUGAACAAUAUUCAUUUGACUCUCCUUUCCAGAUUGAUGAACUCCGUCAGCUUGACUAUGCUUUAGAGGGAACCUUUUUUCAGCAACUUUUUCGAAUGCCAACCUCCUUAUACUGCUCUAGUGAUUUAAAAGAAGAGGAAUAUUUUGCUCUGGAAGAUUUCCUCCACACCAUGGCUGAUGGAUUAUGGCGUACCUUUUGGCAUAAGAGUUCCCCUUCGCCAUUUGUUGUAUCUUGUGCUCGUCAUCCUCGAUCAAGGUUCUAUUCUCUAGAUAAAGCAAUAUCAAGGGGGAAAGUUGCAGAGCUUUGUGGUGCAGCUUUAAUUGCAAGAGACGGAAAUGAUGUAAAUAUCCAUUGGGACCAAGUGGUUCAAUUAUCGUUAUUCAAACCUGACAUAAUGCUGGGAAAUAAACUGGGGAUCUCAUUGAAUGCUCUAAGUGAAGCCCUUCUCUAUGGUUUUCAUAUACUUAUUUCAAGGAGGCUAAGCAAACAUUGUGAGUUUAAUGACAAUUCAGUUUACAUUCUGGUUAUGGAUUCUAAGUUUGGAGCAGUGGUGAAGCUAACUGGUGAUGUUCGUCACCUUGAGCUGAAUGUGGAUAAUCCAUAUCAGGCAGUGGCGGAAUGGAUGAAGACUCAUUCAGAGGUCAGUGUUUCUAGAGUGGACAGAAUAUGGAAUAAGCUAGGAAAUGCCAACUGGGGGGACUUGGGAACUCUGCAGCUUCUCUUGGCAACUUUCUAUUCUAUUGUCCAAUUUAGUGGUUCACCAAGAAAAUCAAUAGCCUCACUAGCAUCAGAUCACAGCCUCCGACUUCAGAAAAGAAGAAUUGAGUGUCAUCUUAUGGGGACUGAAACCGGUAAGCAUCCCUCUCAUGACUAUAUCGCACAAGGAGAACGAGAAAUUGUAGAGCUUGAGCAUGAAGUUAAUCCAGCUAUUAUGCAUCAAGCAUCACACCUGAUGCUACAAGAGGGUGAUAUAAUACAUGUUGAAGAUCAGCAGCAAGGUGAAAAGAGUUUUCAAAUCCAAGAGCCACUGUUUGAUGAAAAAUCCUUUUGCUAUAGUGCUAUAUCACUUGAAAAUCCUACGCAGUUGUUGACUUUAUACGUAGGUGCUCAUCCAUCUAGACUUGAACCAUCAUGGGAAGAUAUGAGUUUAUGGUAUCAAGUACAAAGGCAAACCAAAGUUCUAAAUGUCUUGAGGCAGGCCGGAAUUUCGAGCAAAUAUCUGCCUGAAAUCGUGGCCUCUGGCAAAAUGUUGCAUCCGGGUAGUUGUAAGAAAAAAAACCCAAAUGAGAAAUGUGAUCAUCCAUUGUGUGGAACCCCCGUUCUUGUGAUUUUUCCCAUUGGCGAGCCUGUUUCAUCCAUUGUUUCUCAAGAUGGGCCAUUUUCCUGUGAGGAGGUGAUCCGUUGCUGCAGAGAUUGUUUAGCAGCUUUGAGAAGUGCAAAGAUGGCAAAUGUUCAGCAUGGAGACAUUUGCCCGGAGAAUGUGGUACGUGUUAGUGAUGCUCAGGGCUCAAGCAGUAGCUUCUUUUACGUCCCAGUAUCAUGGGGACGGGCUGUUUUGGAGGAAAGAGAUGGCCCUGCAAUGAACUUGUUUUUUUCGUCAUCCCAUACUCUUCAGCACGGAAAACUUUGCCCCUCAUCUGAUGUGGAGAGCCUUGUUUAUUUACUGUACUUCUUGUGUGGAGGAAAUAUGCAGCAACAAGAUUCAAUAGAAUCUGCUCUGCAAUGGAGGCAGAGGAGCUGGGCUAAGAGACAUAUUCAGAGACACCUUGGUGAAGUUUCUGCUAUUCUGAAGGCGUUUGCUGAUUACGUAGACACCCUAUGUGGGACUCCAUAUCCAGUUGACUAUGAUGGAUGGCUAAAAAGAUUGGAUAAGGCUGUUAAUGAGUCAGCUGACAAGGGAAAGCUGGUUGAAGAAAUGGCAAUUAACAUGAGAAUUGAAGAUAUUGCUGGUUCUUCGGGGAUAUCUGAAGGUGGUUCUUGAUCUUCCUGCUGCUGUCAUUAUACUUUGCAUGAGUUUUAUGUUUUGUUAAUGUAUAACAGGCUCGAAAACUGCCAUUAGUUUAUCUAGAAAAUCUUUAUUGUGGCCGCGCAAUGCGCUAAUGUUGUGCAGGAUCCUAUUGAUCUAGUGACCAUGUAAUAGUUCAGCUUUCUAGCUGAACAUAGGUUUCUCUUGGAGAUACGACAUAGCUUUGUAAAUGAGCUAACUAAGCUUAAAUACAUUAGGGGCAUCAAGGGUGCCAAUUUGUGCACA